AUGGGCAAUAAGUGGAGUUUAGGGCUCCAUUUCAUUUGCAUAAGUAUUUUUUUGUUAGCAACCACAUGUACUUGUUUGGGUGUGGGAAAUAUAAGUGUUGUUUGCUCUAAGGAAGAGCGACUUGCUCUUCUCAAGUUUAAACAGAGCGUCAAAGACGACUCUAAAAUGUUGUCAUCAUGGGUUGGAAAUGACUGUUGCCUGUGGGAAAGAGUCCGUUGUGAUGAUGAUUCUGGAAAUGUCAAAAGUCUUGAUCUCAGAGGAGACAAGAAUUCUGGUGAAGGCUACUACUGCUUAGUUGGUGGUGAGGUGAACUCUUCUUUGGCUCAGUUGAAGCAUCUAACGUAUUUGGAUUUGAGUGGGAAUGAUUUUGGAGGAAGCCGGAUCCCAAAGUUCAUUGGAUCCUUGAAGCAACUGAGCUACCUCAAUCUCUCUCAUGCUGGAUUUCAAGGUAUUAUUCCUCAUCACAUUGGAAAUCUUUCUAAUUUGAAGGUUCUUGAUCUUAGUUCAAACCAAGGGCCUAUGCCAGAUGACGAACCAUUGGUGGCAAAUGAUGUGGCAUGGACUUUUGGCCUUUUGUCACUCGAGCAUCUCGACUUGAGUGAUGUAGAUCUUAGCAGAGCACAAAAUAGGGACAUGCUGCUUUACAUGAUUCCUUCGUUAAAAAUUUUAAGUUUAUCAGGUUGCAGACUUCCGAGUGUUUUUCUUGGUCCUUUUCUUAAUUCGAGUAAAAUACUUCCCAAUAUUAAACACCUCGAUCUUGGCUUCAAUUCUUUUGAAGGUCCACUUCCUAGAUUUUUUCAAAACCUGACUUCACUAGAAUUCCUUGAUCUUUCAGGCUUUGAGCCAAGUUCGUCAUGGAACUUUGCAAACUUGGUAAACAUGAUCCCUUCUUUAUCAGAGCUGCAUUUGUCAAAUUGUGGGAUCGAUAAAACCUUUCUAUCUUUUUCCCAUCUUAAUAUCAGUACACUAUCUAAAAUCCAACAGCUGAAUCUUAGGUCUAAUUCAAUUCAAGGCUUAUUUCCAUCUGUUUUAACCAACAUGAGUUCCCUACGAGUCCUUGACCUCACUGGAAACAAUCUGAAUUCCUGGGUUCCUAUUAUGCCUAACCUUCUAGAGCUUUAUCUUUCUGAAAACUCGUUUCAUCGGAUUGAAGAUGUUGGAAUCUGGAGACAGUGUCACCUUAGACAUUUAAGUGUGGCUGAAAAUGCAAUUGGUAUGGAAAUGAUCGACUCAUCAAGAAACGUAUCUGAGUGCUCUCAAUAUGCUUUGGAGGGGUUGGAUUUGGAGGGGAGUAUCAUAAAUGGUACAAUUCCAGAAGCACUUGGAAGAAUGGUGAAUUUAAGGUUCAUAUAUCUAAGUAGGAAUGGAUUGACAGGUUCAAUCCCAAAAUCACUAGGAAGAUUAAGAUAUUUAGAACUAUUAUAUCUAUCUGCUAAUGAGUUAACAGGUCCCAUUCCGACAUUCCUUGGGAAACUUUCUGUAAUUGACCUUUCUUGGAAUCAAUUGAAUGGUUUGAUUCCAGAAUCCUUUGGAAAUUUAACAUGUUUAAAAGAAAUGAAUCUAGAAUUGAAUCAGUUAACAGGCCCCAUUCCAGCAUCUCUAGGAAGUCUUGUUUCGUUACGAGCAAUGAAGCUAUCUAGAAAUUUAUUAAAUGGGAAUAUUCCAGUUUCGAUUGGGGAACUUGCCAAACUGCAAUCUCUAGACAUCUCUUACAAUUUUCUAAAAGGAGUAGUUUAUGAAGCCCAUUUUGCUAACCUUUCAAUGUUGAAUAACUUCGAUGCUUCUUUUAACAUGAAGUUGACAUUCAAUGUUUCACGUGAGUGGAUGCCUCCAUUCCAGUUGGUAACUCUUCAACUCGAUUCUUGCAAUAUAGCAAAUGGAUUUCCACAGUGGCUUCGAAAUCAAAGGAAAAUUGAGAUGCUAGUUUUGUCGAAUGCUACAGUUUCAGGACCUCUCCCCACAUGGUUGCAGAAGAUGCCCAUCAUUCCUUUCUUAGAUCUCUCUCACAACAAACUUACCGGACCUUUGGUGAACCUUCCCAAUGGGGGAAAUGUUAACUUUUUUGGGCAGGUAUUUGCCCGUGGAUUGCUUCUCCAGAAUAACCUUUUCAAUGGGUCGAUUCCUAGGUCAUUGUGCACAAGGACAGAUUUGCAAUAUCUUGAUCUUGCCAAAAAUAGGUUAACCGGGAAAAUUCCCAACUGUUUUAAGAACUUGAAAAACUUGGUUACGAUGAGAUUUAGCUCAAAUCGGUUGCGUGGUGUGAUUCCAAGUUCAGUUGCUCUUAAUUCUUUAAUGCGGUUAAGACUCAACGGAAAUAACUUUACUGGUGAACUUCCUCGAGAAUUAGGGAAUUUAAGAGAUUUAGAAGUCUUAGAUGUCGGUGAUAAUAGAUUGUCUGGAAAAAUACCCGUAUGGAUUGGAGAAAAUCUUACAUCUUUGAUCGUUUUGAGGUUGCACAAAAAUAACUUCACCGGAAGAAUUCCACGAACAUUAUGCAAAACUCCAAAACUUCAAAUUUUGGAUGUUGCAUACAACAACUUAAGAGGAACCAUCCCUCAUUGCCUAGGGGAGUUGAGUGCCAUGGUUAGGAGUGACCCUGAUUUUCUUAUCGACCCUGAUCAUGAUGAGAAUCUAAUUCAGGUCAUGAAAGGUGUUGAGCUUGAAUAUACAAAAAAUUUGGCUUUACUUUUUAACAUGGACCUUUCAAGCAAUAAACUUGUGGGAGAAAUACCAGUCAAGCUAACUGCGCUUUCCAUGUUGGUGGGUCUCAAUUUGUCCAAUAAUCAUCUCAGUGGGGAAAUUCCAGGCACCAUUGGAAACUUGACAGCUUUAAAUUCUCUCGAUUUAGCAAGAAAUGAGUUGACUGGGAUGAUCCCUCCGAGCAUGGCAGCUUUGACCUUUUUGAGUUAUUUGAAUCUGUCACACAACAACUUGUGGGGACAAAUUCCAACUGGAAAUCAAUUGCAGACCCUUGAUGAUCCAUCGAUAUAUGCUGGGAACAAAGAUUUGUGUGGUCCUCCAUUGCCAAAGGGUUGCUCAAAUCCGGAAGACCCAACAACAACAACAACAACAAGAAGCAAGAAGAAAUACGAAGCAGAUGAUGAGUCGAUGAAGAUAUGGUUUUAUGUGGACAUAAUGUGUGGUUUUGGAACAGGGUUUUGGGGUGUUAUUGGAGUAUUGUUGUUCAAGAAACAUUGGAGACAGAAGCUUUUCAUGUUUGUUGAGGAUACCAUGGAGAAGAUAUACGUUGCCUUCUUGGUUAUAGUUGCCAAGAUGAAGACAUGA